AUGAAGAGUUGCUACUUACCUCCAACAGUUUCGAUACCAAGGGUCAGUGGGUUGACAUCAAGCAGCACAAUAGCAUCAGUAUCUUGCUCUCCGGACAGGACUCCAGCUUGCACGGCAGCUCCAUACGCCACAGCUUCAUCAGGGUUGAUACCCCGGGAAGGUUCCUUGCCACCGAAGAAGUCUUUCACCAACUGCUGGAUCUUGGGGAUACGCGUGGACCCACCGACCAAUACGAUCUCAUCGAUGUCCUUUUUGUUCAUGUCGGCAUCUUCGAGUACCUUCUGCACGGGUUUCAGCGUGGAUCGGAACAGGUCCAUGUUCAGCUCCUCGAACUUGGCUCUGCUUGAUGAAGUGAUCCAUGACCCUCUGGUCAAAGUCCUCACCUCCCAGAUGGGUAUCUCCAUUGGUGGCGACUACCUCGAACACGCCGUUAUCGAUCGUCAGAAGGGAUACAUCGAAAGUACCACCGCCCAAAUCGAACACCAAGACGUUCUUCUCGCCAUCCUUUUUGUCCAAACCGUACGCGAUAGCGGCUGCGGUCGGCUCGUUGAUGAUACGCAUCACGUUCAAACCGGCGAUGAUACCUGGAAAGAAAAUACAGGCCUGUCUCUGAGCAUCAUUGAAGUAAGCUGGCACAGUCACAACAGCGUGGGUAACCUUCUUCCCCAGGUACGCUUCGGCAGUCUCCUUCAUCUUGCCGAGGACCAUAGCGGAGAUUUCCUCGGGGGCGAACACCUUGGUGCCUUGACUGGUUUCCACCUGGAUGUGCGGUUUGCUGUUCUUCUCGAUGACCUUGAAGGGGAACAGUUUGAUGUCAUGCUGGACGUUAGCGUCGUUGAAUUCGCGACCAAUCAGACGCUUCGCGUCGAAGAUGGUGUUUUCAGGAUUGGUGGUCAGCUGAUUCUUGGCUGCGUCACCGAUCAGACGUUCACCGUCCGCCGUGAACGCCACGUACGAGGGGGUGAUCCUGUUACCUUGGUCGUUUGCUAUUAUCUCCACUCGCCCGUUCUUGUAUACACCCACGCUGUAAAAGUAAUGAUGAACGAAAAUGUUCAAAAUCAAAUGCUGAAAAUACUCACAUUUAGUUAA